UCUGCAGUGCUGCACACUGAGGCAACUGCCACCAGCUGUUUGUUCCUCAACCAAGGAAGAGCACGCAGGCAGGAGCUGCGACAUCAUCCAGCACUGACAGGAGUUGGAUGGGUCCUUUUCCAUCAUGCUCAAGUCUCUGUUUGUGUAUGGAGUGCUGGCAGUCUUGCUGAUCCCAGCAAAGUGCGACCUGAUCUCUGUGUGCGUUGACGAAGACAACGACCUGAGAGUGGACUGCCGGGUCGAGCCUCAGCCCAACAAAAUCAGCAGCUAUGAGUUCUCUUGGUCCUCUGGAACCAAAGAGUCCCUCAUUAACACCAAUGUGUCCGGUUCAUCAGCAGAGGCCCAGUUCAAAGACAAAAGCUACGUGAAGGAGCUGGAGCCUCAUGGCUAUAGAUUGAUCCUGAGCGGCUUCACAGACAAACUCCCACACAAUACCACCUACUUGUGCAAAAUAUCCGGUUUGGUUGCCAGAAUCAGUGUGGAGAAAGAUCAACUCGCCACGUGUUCAGCUGUGAGCGUGUUUCUGAAGAGUUCCUGCUCCUGGAUCGUUUGUCUGCUGCUUUUCUUCUAUCAAACACAAAGCUAAAAAAACAAAAAAUCACGCAGGCUUGGCACACACACACACACAUCUAACCACGCCGACACAUCUGUUCCCGCAUCCACAAACAUCCCCACACUAACACCCACGUGUUGAUCAGAUGUUCUCCUUCUCUUGUUUUCCUCCUAAGUGCACUAAAAUGUUUUCAUAAAACUGACAAUAAAGAAUGAAGAUGACUCACAGAUGAUGUGACAGAAAUGUUUAUAGAUUUGCUUUUUAAUUCAGAGGCUUGCACAGCUCUGUGUGUACAAAUACAAUGAGUAACUUGUGAUGUAAAUAUUACUCUGGAAGCUGCAGCAUUUGUUUUCAAUAAAGGAAUGC